UGUAUGUUACAGAUCAGAACUUCAUUUUUCUCUUGAUGUGGAGACAUAGGGUUACUGCCAGCUUGCCAGUGCUUCAGAAGGGAGUUUUUAAUUGAAACUGGAAGACCAAAAGAAACACAAGCAUGCUGUGCUGGGGAAAUGCAUCCUUUGGACAGCUAGGCUUGGGUGGAAUUGAUGAAGAAAUUGUUCUAGAGCCCAGAAAAAGUGACUUUUUUAUAAAUAAAAAGGUCCGCGAUGUAGGAUGUGGACUCAGACAUACUGUAUUUGUUCUGGAUGAUGGAACAGUAUACACAUGUGGAUGUAAUGAUCUAGGACAACUAGGACAUGAAAAAUCUAGAAAGAAACCAGAGCAGGUUGUUGCCCUGGAUGCCCAAAAUAUUGUAGCAGUUUCAUGCGGAGAAGCUCAUACAUUAGCAUUAAAUGAUAAAGGCCAGGUGUAUGCAUGGGGUCUUGAUUCUGAUGGACAACUUGGCCUACUAGGAUCAGAGGAUUGUACCAGAGUACCCAGAAAUAUUAAAAGCUUAUCAGAUAUCCAGAUAGUGCAGGUUGCUUGUGGAUACUAUCAUUCACUUGCACUUUCUAAAGCAAGUGAAGUCUUCAGUUGGGGACAGAAUAAAUAUGGCCAAUUGGGUUUAGGCCUUGACUGUAAAAAGCAGGCUUCACCACAACUGAUUAAGUCCUUGCUUGGCAUCCCUUUCAUGCAAGUUGCAGCCGGAGGAGCCCAUAGUUUUGUACUCACCCUUUCUGGAGCUAUCUUUGGUUGGGGACGAAAUAAAUUUGGUCAACUAGGUCUGAACGAUGAAAAUGAUAGGUAUGUUCCUAACUUGCUAAAGUCACUAAGAUCUCAGAAAAUAGUUUAUAUUUGUUGUGGAGAAGAUCAUACUGCUGCUCUAACUAAGGAAGGUGGAGUGUUUACUUUUGGAGCUGGAGGUUAUGGUCAGUUGGGUCAUAACUCUACUAGUCAUGAAAUUAACCCAAGAAAAGUCUUUGAACUUAUGGGAAGCAUUGUCACUCAGAUUGCGUGUGGAAGGCAGCACACAUCAGCUUUUGUUCCUUCAUCAGGACGAAUUUAUUCUUUUGGGCUUGGUGGUAAUGGGCAGCUAGGAACUGGUUCAACCAGCAACAGGAAAAGUCCUUUCACUGUAAAAGGAAAUUGGUUACCUUAUAAUGGGCAGUGUCCAUCAGAUACUGAUCAUGAAGAUUAUUUCUGUGUUAAAAGAAUUUUCUCAGGUGGAGAUCAAAGCUUUUCACAUUACUCUUGUCCCCAGAACUGUGGGCCACCAGAUGACUUUAGAUAUCCUGAUCCUUCAAAGCAGAUCUGGACUGUAAAUGAAGCUCUAGUGCAGAAAUGGCUGAGUUUCCCUUCUGGAAGGUUUCCUGUAGAGAUAGCCAAUGAGAUAGAUGGAACAUUUUCUUCCUCUGGUUGCCUAAAUGGAAGUUUUUUAGCUGUUAGCAAUGAUGAUCACUAUAGAACGGGCGUCAGAUUUUCAGGGGUUGAUAUGACUGCUGCUAGACUUUUAUUCCACAGACUUAUACAACCCGAUCAUCCUCAGAUAUCUCAACAGGUGGCAGCUAGUUUGGAAAAGAAUCUUAUUCCUAAAUUGACUAGCUCCUUACCUGAUGUUGAAGCGCUGAGGUUUUAUCUUACUCUGCCAGAAUGUCCCCUGAUGAGUGAUUCCAACAAUUUCACAACAAUAGCAAUUCCCUUUGGUACAGCUCUUGUGAACCUAGAAAAGGCACCACUGAAAGUACUUGAAAACUGGUGGUCAGUACUUGAACCUCCACUAUUCCUCAAGAUAGUAGAACUUUUUAAGGAAGUUGUGGUACAUCUUUUGAAACUCUUCAAGAUCGGCAUUCCCCCUUCUGAAAGAAGAAUUUUCAACAAUUUUCUUCAUACUGCAUUAAAGGUUUUAGAAAUAUUACAUAGGGUAAAUGAGAAAACAGGACAGAUUAUACAAUAUGAUAAAUUUUAUAUACAUGAAGUACAAGAAUUUAUAGACAUAAGAAAUGAUUAUAUCAACUGGGUCCAACAACAGGCCUAUGGAAUGGAUGUCAACCAUGGAUUAAGUGAGCUGGCUGAUAUUCCUGUUACAAUAUGCACUUAUCCAUUUGUAUUUGAUGCUCAAGCAAAAACAACUCUGUUACAAACAGAUGCAGUCUUACAGAUGCAGAUGGCUAUUGAUCAGGCCCACAGACAGAAUGUCUCCUCUCUUUUUCUCCCAGUGAUUGAAUCUGUGAAUCCCUGCUUAAUUCUAGUGGUGCGUAGAGAAAAUAUUGUGGGAGAUGCAAUGGAGGCUCUUAGGAAAACAAAGAAUAUAGAUUACAAAAAACCACUCAAGACAUUUGAAGACAGUGAUUUGUUCCACUUGAUUGGUGUCAUCUGUGGAUUAGCCAUCUAUAACUUUACUAUUGUGGACCUCCAUUUUCCUUUGGCCUUAUAUAAGAAACUACUAACAAAGAAGCCAUCCUUGGAUGAUUUGAAAGAACUAGUACCUGAUGUUGGGAGAAGCAUGCAGCAAUUACUGGAUUAUCCAGAAGAUGAUAUAGAGGAAACAUUUUGUCUUAAUUUUACGAUCACAGUUGAAAAUUUCGGUGCAACAGAAGUGAAAGAGCUGGUUCUAAACGGUGCAGACACAGCUGUUAACAAACAAAAUCGGCAGGAGUUUGUUGAUGCUUACGUGGAUUACAUAUUUAAUAAAUCAGUGGCUUCCCUAUUUGAUGCCUUUUAUGCGGGCUUUCAUAAGGUCUGUGGUGGAAAAGUCCUUCAGCUCUUUCAACCUAAUGAGCUACAAGCAAUGGUGAUUGGGAAUACAAACUAUGAUUGGAAGGAACUGGAAAAGAAUACAGAAUACAAAGGAGAGUACUGGGCAGAACAUCCCACAAUUAAAAUUUUUUGGGAAGUAUUUCACGAAUUACCAUUGGAAAAGAAAAAACAGUUUCUGUUGUUCUUGACAGGGAGUGAUCGCAUCCCUAUUCUUGGCAUGAAGAGUCUGAAACUAGUCAUUCAGCCAACGGGAGGUGGUGACGACUAUCUCCCAGUUUCCCACACGUGUUUUAAUCUUCUGGAUCUUCCAAAAUACACAGAAAAAGAAACUCUGCGAUCUAAACUGAUUCAAGCUAUUGAUCACAAUGAAGGCUUCAGUUUAAUAUAACUUUGGAAUUAUUGUAACUAUUGAGUUUAGUGCAAAAGCAUUAAACUAUUUGUGUUAUUCUUGUGGUAAUGAAUUCAACAAGGUGACAGAGGUACUAUUAUAAUUCUUACUUGCAAAAUGUUUAAUGCUAUUCACAAGUCAAAAAUUCCUAAAGGAAAAUGCAUAAACUGUCAAUAUCAAUGUUAUUGUACAGAACAUGGAUUCUUUUGCCAUCUUCCAAUAAAUAUCUAAGUUGUGAAUACAUUAAAGUUUUACAAACUGAAUUUUAAGAGUUUGCAUAUUUCAAAAAUGAUUGGUGUGUGAGUGCAUGGGAAUAUUGCUUAGUUUUUCUUCAAUCACUGGGUGAAAAACCUUUAACUUUGGCCUGCAAUAAUAGCAUUUUGAUUAUUUUUUUCUCACUUUGUAAAUAAUGUUAAGUUUUGUAAUAAAAUAGUUAUGUUCUGAUACCA